GGUGCACAGAAGGCCUCAGUGUCAGAGCAGCCCUAGGGCUUGCUCCGAGCAGGAGCAUCCUCCUGGUUGAGGCAUUUGUCAGUGGGCAGCUCUACACUGACAAAUGCCUUCUUUUUUUCUACACUGACAAAUACCUUUAGAGCACAGAGUACAAACUUGCAUGACAGUGCUACCAUGAGUAAGGAAAUUUCUGCCGCAGUUUUUGCUGCUUACACCGUUUAUUAUUCCGGCUAUUACCUGAGUCACCUGGCACGUCAUCUGAUCCGUGCACUCAGAAAUGCUGAUCAUGAGAGGACAGAACGAACAGCCUUCUCUCCCCUGGCCCCCUCUACUCCUGGAGAAGAAACCGAAGAGGAACAAAUUGAGGGAUAUGACCGCAAGAGUCCAUCUCUUGUCACACCUGAGCCUGAAUAUGCCGAGUCUGAGACUGAACCAACAGCCAUCUCUCCUCUGGCACCCUCUGCUCCUGGAGAAGAAGCGGAAGAGGAGCAAAUAGAGGGAUUGGACCGCAAGAGUCCAUCUCUUGUCACACCAGAGCCUGAAUAUGCCGAGCCUGAGACUGAACCAACAGCCGUCUCUCCCCUGGCCCCCUCUGCUCCUGGAGAAGAAGCUGAAGAGGAGCAAAUUGAGGGAUAUGAUCGCAAGAGUCCAUCUCUGGUCACACCAGAGCCUGAAUAUGCCGAGUCUGAGACUGAACCAACAGCCAUCUCUCCCCUGGCACCCUCUGCUCCUGGAGAAGAAGCUGAAGAGGAGCAAAUUGAGGGAUUAGACCGCAAGAGUCCAUCUCUGGUCACACCUGAGCCUGAAUAUGCCGAGUCUGAGACUGAACCAACAGCCAUCUCUCCCCUGGCACCCUCUGCUCCUGGAGAAGAAGCUGAAGAGGAGCAAAUUGAGGGAAGCAAGCGUCCAUCUCUGGUCACACCAGAAUCUGAAUAUGCAGAGUCUGUGACUGAACCAACAGCCAUCUCUCCCCUGGCACCCUCUGCUUCUGGAGAAGAAGUCGAAGAGGAGCAAAUUGAGGGAUUAGACCACAAGAGUCCAUCUCUGGUCACACCAGAGCCUGAAUAUGCCGAGUCUGAGACUGAACCAACAGUCAUCUCUCCCCUGGCUCCCUCUGCUCCUGGAGAAGAAGCUGAAGAGGAGCAAAUUGAGGGAUAUGAUCGCAAGAGUCCAUCUCUGGUCACACCAGAGCCUGAAUAUGCCGAGUCUGAGACUGAACCAACAGCCAUCUCUCCUCUGGCCCCCUCUGCUCCUGGAGAAGAAGCUGAAGAGGAGCAUAUUGAGGGAAGCAAGCGUCCAUCUCUGGUCACACCAGAAUCUGAAUAUGCAGAGUCUGAGACUGAACCAACAGCCAUCUCUCCUCUGGCACCCUCUGCUCCUGGAGAAGAAGCUGAAGAGGAGCAAAUUGAGGGAUAUGAUCUCAAGAGUCCAUCUCUGGUCACACCAGAGCCUGAAUAUGCCGAGUCUGAGACUGAACCAACAGCCAUCUCUCCCCUGGCCCCCUCUGCUCCUGGAGAAGAAGCUGAAGAGGAGCAAAUUGAGGGAUUAGACCACAAGAGUCCAUCUCUGGUCACACCAGAGCCUGAAUAUGCCGAGUCUGUGACUGAACCAACAGCCAUCUCUCCCCUGGCACCCUCUGCUCCUGGAGAAGAAGCUGAAGAGGAGAAAAUUGAGGGAUAUGAUCGCAAGAGUCCAUCUCUGGUCACACCAGAGCCUGAAUAUGCCGAGUCUGAGACUGAACCAACAGCCAUCUCUCCCCUGGCACCCUCUGCUCCUGGAGAAGAAGCUGAAGAGGAGCAAAUUGAGGGAUUAGACCGCAAGAGUCCAUCUCUGGUCACACCAGAGCCUGAAUAUGCCAAGUCUGAGACUGAACCAACAGCCAUCUCUCCUCUGGCCCCCUCUGCUCCUGGAGAAGAAGCUGAAGAGGAGCAAAUUGAGGGAUUAGACCGCAAGAGUCCAUCUCUGGUCACACCAGAGCCUGAAUAUGCCGAGUCUGAGACUGAACCAACAGCCAUCUCUCCUCUGGCACCCUCUGCUCCUGGAGAAGAAGCUGAAGAGGAGAAAACUGAGGGAUUAGACCGCAAGAGUCCAUCUCUGGUCACACCAGAGCCUGAAUAUGCCGAGUCUGACAUCAAAGCAGAACAGCAAGCAGUGCUGCCUGAAGCUCAGAGUGACACUAUGGAAGUGAAGAGAAAGAACGAGGAAGACAUAACAAGAAUUGAAGAGGAGAUGACUCUCCCUCAGCACAGAGGCGAUCAACAAAAUCAGGUGGGUGAAAGAGUGGCAGCCACUCCACUUACAAAACUUCCUCUCUCUUGCUUUUUAGAAAAAAUGAAGGAGCAGAUGGAUGCAGACUUGCAGAAAGCUCAGGCUAAGUGGAAGGCAAGGGAGAUGAAUCAGAAGGAAGAAAUGAAGAUCAUCCGAGAGAAACUUAAUCCCCUCCCUCAGGCUCUACAAAAGCAAGUGCAAGUGUUGACAUCUCACCUGGCAGCCUCUGAAGAUUUCCAGCAAAUGUCUGGCAAUGAGGAGCCCCAACGUUGGCGUAAGGCACAGAUCUACAAAGGCUCUGUCACCAAACCUGCUGCAUCAGCAUCAUUGCCUAAAGGAGCCUUUGCUCCCCGACCUGAGAAGAGGAGGCGGGGGAGUUUGCUCAUCUCCCGUGUUGACCGAGCUGCUGCUCAGCAACAGGAGAGUGAGGAUGACUCCCUGAAGCUACUGAGGAAAAUGGUGACCAUGGAAAAUCCCACAACGAAAUACACAGAACUGGGAAAUAUUGGCAGGGGGACUUUUGGAGAUGUUUGCAGAGCACUCAACAAUGCCACAGGGGGAGAGGUGGCCAUAAAGAAAAUAAAUCUUCAGGGACUGAGAAAGAAGGAAUUAAAAGUCAAUGAACUCAGGAUCAUGAAGAUGAAUAGGAAUCCCAACCUGAUCAACUAUUUAGACAGCUACCUUCUGGGUGAACACCUCUGCCUGGUUAUGGAAUACAUGGAUGGAGGCACUCUGAGAGAUGUCAUCAGCAAGUGCUACCUGUCUGAAGAUGAGACAGCAGCCAUCAGUCGGGAGUGCCUGCGAGGACUGGAUUUUCUUCACUCGAACCAUGUGAUCCAUCUAGAUGUGAAGAGUCGCAACAUCCUUCUUGGAACCGAUGGCUCUGUCAAGCUGGCUGACUUUGGCCUCUUUGCUGAGCUCACCCCUGAGCAGAAUAGACAAAGCUCCAUGGCCUGCACUUCGGGGUGGAUGGCGCCUGAAGUGGUGACAGGUCAACCAUAUGGCCCCAAAGUGGACAUAUGGUCUUUCGGAAUCGUGGGCAUUGAAAUGGUGGAACGAGAAGUUCCUUAUUGGAAUGAAACUCCUGGCACAGCUGAACUCCUGACAGCCAGAGGAGGGGGACCACAACUGCGGCAGCCAAACCGAUUCUCGCCUUGCCUGUGUGACUUCCUGAGCUGCUGCCUGCAGCCAGAUGUGAUGUGUCGCUGGUCUGCCAAGGAUCUCCUGCAGCAUCCAUUUGUAACAUCAGCAAAGCCAGUGUCCACCCUGGCAGCACUCUUCAACUUGGCGAAGAAGAAGAAGAAGAAGCAGGAAGAGACAAGAAUGUAACAAUCAAGAUGUUAUUUCGAUAACCAACUUUAUUUAAUAACAAUCCUACUCUAUUGGAUUGUAGAGCAGGACUCUACAGUAGGAUGAGUAGUUUUGCACUAUAGCUUUAUAGAGUAGGAUUUUUAUUAAAUAAAGUUUCUGCAACAUUAA